UGGUGCAUUUGACUGUGCCCUCUUCCAGCUGAAACUGACACGGGGCUCCCUGUGCCCAGGCCUGCUGGCCAGCUCUCAUGGACACAGAUCUCUGGCAGGGCUUACCUCCUCUCCACCCCUGGGCCUCUUCCACGCCUCCCCAACCUGCCUUUGAUUGGCGAUCCUUCACUGACAUGGAGACGUGAGUCUGGGGUGGAUGAUGACGGCUGUGUACGUGAAUGGAGGUGGCCUGGUGAACACCCACUAUGCCAGGUGGGACCGGCGGGACAGCGUGGAAAGCGGCUGCCAGACAGAGUGCAGCAAGGACGACGAGGAGGGUCAGUCUCGCCAGCUGACACCUUUUGAGAAGCUGACCCAGGACAUGUCGCAGGACGAGAAGGUGGUGAGAGAGAUCACGCUGGGGAAGCGGGUCGGCUUCUACCGAAUCCGAGGGGAAAUUGGAAGUGGGAACUUCUCCCAAGUCAAGCUGGGAAUUCACUCCCUAACCAAAGAAAAGGUGGCCAUUAAGAUCCUGGACAAGACCAAAUUAGACCAGAAAACCCAAAGGCUGCUAUCCCGGGAGAUCUCAAGCAUGGAAAAGUUGCACCACCCCAACAUCAUCCGCCUUUAUGAAGUCGUGGAGACCCUAUCCAAGCUGCACCUGGUGAUGGAGUAUGCAGGGGGUGGGGAGCUCUUUGGGAAAAUUAGCACGGAAGGGAAACUCUCAGAGCCAGAAAGCAAGCUCAUCUUCUCCCAGAUCGUGUCUGCCGUGAAGCACAUGCAUGAAAACCAAAUUAUUCACAGAGACCUGAAAGCAGAAAAUGUGUUCUACACCAGUAACACCUGUGUGAAAGUGGGUGACUUUGGGUUCAGCACUGUCAGCAGAAAGGGCGAGAUGCUGAACACUUUCUGCGGGUCUCCGCCCUAUGCUGCACCAGAGCUUUUCCGGGACGAGCACUACGUCGGCGUGCAUGUGGACAUCUGGGCCCUGGGUGUGCUCCUGUACUUCGUGGUCACCGGCACCAUGCCCUUUCGGGCAGAGACUGUGGCCAAACUGAAGAAGAGCAUCCUUGAGGGUGCCUACAGUGUGCCCCCGCACGUGUCGGGGCCCUGCCUGCGCCUCAUCAGAGGCAUCCUCCAGCCCAGCCCCUCCGACAGGCUGGGCAUCGACUCCAUCAUGAACAACGAGUGGAUGCAGGGGGUGCUUUACCCCACCCCUUUGGAGCCUUUCCAGCUGGACCCCAAACAUUUGUCCGAAACCAGCACCCUCAAAGAAGAAGAAAACGAGGUCAAGAGCACUUUACAACACUUGGGUAUCACAGAAGAGCAUAUUCGAAAUAACCAAGGGAGAGACGCCAGGAGCUCCAUCACAGGUGUCUAUCGGAUCAUCUUACACAGAGUCCAAAGGAAAAAGGCUUCGGAGAGUGGCCCCCUAAUGGUACUCCCAGACCCUAAAGAAAGGGACCUGAAGAAAGGGUCCCGUGUCUGCAGAGGCAUGAGGCACACAUCUAAAUUCUGCUCAAUUUUAUAAAUGGCGUUAGACUACUGGGGGUUGGCUGAGACCCUAUUGCUGCUUUUGACUUUUUUC